CUGUGCCGCUCUGGGUGGGUCCAGAGUCCGUGGGCCUCGGAGGCGGACCCACGUAUCACAAGAGGGAGAACCGGAGGCUCUCCCGAGCUCAGACGCGGGGCGGCCCGCCGCCUGCAGCCCCGGAAGCGCAUCCCCGCCUCCCCUCGCCUUCCUGUUGCCGGCGGUGCCCGGUGGUGCCCGGCUCCGCUCGUCCUCACUGUCCCAGCGCCUGCGCUGGCCCGGCCCAAGUCGAGCGCAGCAGUGAGUCCAGGGCCGCAGCUGGGACUCCCGAGCCCCUCAAACGGCCACGAGACUCGGAAAUCUUUCCAGGAGCAGUGUAAGGAAGAUAAGCACCCCUUGGACUGGCAAAGCCACCUGCCAAGCACUGCAGCCACCAUGCCCAAGAGAAAGGCAAAAGGAGAUGCUAAGGGUGAUAAAGCGAAGAUGAAGGAUGAACCACAGAGGAGAUCAGCACGGUUGUCUGCUAAACCUGCCCCUCCAAAACCAGAGCCCAGACCUAAAAAGGCCCCUGCAAAGAAAGGAGAGAAGCUGCCCAAAGGAAGAAAAGGAAAAGCAGAUACUGGCAAGGAUGGGAACAACCCUGCAAAAAACCAAGAUGCCUCUACAGUCCAGUCCCAGAAAGCAGAAGGCACUGGGGAUGCCAAGUGAAUGUAUGUUUUUGAUAGCUCUCUACUUCUAAUGACUCUAGUGUUUGAAAUGCUAUUUUUUUUAAGUCAAGUUUUAUAAAAAUGUAGGAUUGGGUUUUAUUUUUUUUUAAGUUAUGUUGUUAGCACCCAGGACACUUUGUUGUUUUUUGUGGAAAGGGCAAAUACCACUAAUAGAGUGUAUCUCAGAAA